UUUUUCUUUUUAAUUUAUUAAAGUUGAUUUCCAUGAUUAAUAAAUAAAAAGUUGAAGAAGAGUUGAAUAAUAAGAAACUAACGGUGGUUUCUGGGGUGGAUUCACCUCCUGAGGAAAAUUCCAAUUCACGGCUAUCAAAUUAAUUGGUAAUUUUACAGUCAAGUCAACUCAAUCAGUUCCCAUUGCAAAAUAUAUCAUAUUUUCCAAAUUUCCCUGUUUCUUGUCCACUUUCCCGGAAAGUACCGGCAGCAUAAGGAGGUCAUCUCUUUCUCCCAAUUUCCCAAUUUCCAAAUCAAAAUCGUCCUCUGUUCAUGAGCUCUCACAGAAAUGAAAACUCCCGCCCCUCUCUUCUUCUUCGUCGCCUUCUUCUUCUCCUCCGUCUGGUCUGAUCUUCCGCUCUGUUCCGGCGAGGACGCCCUCAGUGAAUUUAAAGCUUGCGGCGUCGAUUACAAUUGCGGAAAUUUGGUAAACAUCUCCUAUCCUUUUUGGGGAAACGAGCGGCAGGACUUUUGCGGGCGGCGAGAAUUCGUGCUCAACUGCAAACAAAACCUAACCACCACGAUUCAGAUCAAUUCUCUGGAAUAUAAGGUUCUCCACAUCAAUCAAACGGAUCAUAGAAUGACGAUCGCGAGAUCAGAUCUCUUCGAUGAUUACUGCCCUAAAAAUCAAAUCGAAACGGCGAAGUUUGAUCACCAUCUACUCACAUAUUAUUGGUACGAUCGGAACAUGUCGUUCUGGUACGAUUGCCCGCCGCAACAGGGAAUUCCGGACGAAUUUAGAUUCUUUUGCGGGUGGGAAGGGGAAAGAAGUGGAAGAGCGAAUUAUGCUUUGGAGCCUGAGGAGAUGAAUUUGAGUGGAAAUAUAAGAGGGUGUAAAAUGAACGUGGAAGUGRCAGUUACGAUAGAGGGAUUGGAAGAAGGAAAAGAGAACAGAACGGCGCGGCUGGAGAAGGCGCUGCAGCGAGGGUUCGAUGUGGAGUACGGGGAUUUGCAUACCAUGGCGUGCGACGUGUGCAAGCAAAGUGGCGGCUACUGCGGAGCAAACGGGACGUACCCAUUUUACUGCAUUUGUGGAGACAGAGGAGAUGCACAUCCUUACGUCUGCACAAGCAUAUCUACUUCUAGAAAGUCAAGUUUUCAGACAAAAUUAGUCAUAGUUGCAGUUGCUUCAGGAAGCAUCAUUUUUUUAAUCCUCUUCAUGAUCUUCAUCUACUACACAAGGAUACGCAUCUCAAACAAGGAAGAAAUUGAGGAAAUUGUCAGGAGACAUUCCACACAUAUACCCAAGCGAUACAGUUACUCAAAGCUGAAGAAAAUCACUCAUUCCUUCAAGAACAAGCUCGGCCAAGGAGGAUUUAGCACCGUCUACAAAGGAAAGCUACCAGACGGUCGCGACGUUGCUGUGAAACUUUUGAAUGAAUCCAAAGAAAAUGGUCAAGAUUUUAUCAAUGAAGUUGUUAGCAUCACUACAACUUCACACGUAAACAUAGCCACUCUUUUAGGUUUCUGCUACGAGCGGAAUAGAAGAGCCUUGGUUUAUGAAUAUAUGCCCAAAGGGUCAUUGGAUAAGUAUAUAUUUCAUAAAGAUCCGCAAAAAAGUGAUAUGGGGUUGGAUUGGAACACACUCUAUACCAUCGUCAUCGGCGUGGCUCGAGGCUUAGAGUACUUGCAUCGCGGCUGCAACACAAGGAUUUUGCAUUUCGACAUCAAACCACACAACAUUCUUUUGGACAAUGAGUUCUGCCCCAAGAUCUCAGACUUCGGCCUUGCCAAGCAAUGCCGAGCCAGAGAGAGUCACGUGUCGAUGACGGGUGUGAAGGGGACGAUAGGAUUCAUGGCACCUGAAGUAGUAUUUAGAAACAUUGGUAAGGUUUCCCACAAGUCUGAUGUUUAUAGCUAUGGAAUGUUGGUUCUUGAAAUGGUGGGAGAAAGAAAGAAUCCUAACGAAGGAGUGGGGCAGAGGAGUGAAGAGUACUUUCCUGAUUGGAUAUACAAGGAUCUUACACAAAGUGAAACAGAUGAAGGCUGUAGUUGGGGCAAUACAGAGGAAGAAGAUGAAAUGGCAAGAAAAAUGAUAAUUGUGGGGUUGCAUUGCAUUCAGACAUUGCCAGACGACAGGCCGUCGAUGAGUGAUGUGGUGGGGAUGUUGGAAGGGAGCGUUGAUGGCUUACAGAUUCCACCAAAACCCAACUUCAUGGGAACUCCUACAACUACUUCAACUACGCUGCCCCAUCCUUCUUCUUCAUCCCCCUCGAACUUUCUGAUGAAUCCGGUUGUUCAGAAGCUAAACAAAAUGAGAAUUAUCCAUCUCUCAUUGACCUCCUUCGGCCUAAACCACACGUUCAUCGGCAACUUCUUGUUCAUCUCCUUCAUCGCGUUUCAUCUUUCGCCAUCUUUUGGCGAUGACGAAUUUAAAGCCUGCGGUAUCAGUUACAAUUGCGGAGAAUUGGUAAACAUAACCUAUCCCUUCUGGGGGAAUAAGAGGCAGGGGUUUUGCGGGCGGCGAGAAUUCGAGCUCAACUGCAAACGAAACCGAACCACCACGAUUCAAAUCAACUCGUUCGACUACAACGUCCUGAGAAUCAACCAAACGGAUCACAGAAUGACGAUCGCAAGAUCAGACCUCCUAGUCCCGGGUAACCUAUGCCCUAAAAACAAAACCGGAACGGCGAAUUUGGACUACAAUGUGUUCAGAUAUUCCGAAAACGAUCUCCAAAUCUCUCUGUGGUACGAUUGCCCGCUGCAAGGGGAGAACGUAGAGAGUUACAGAUUUUCUUGCGGGGGGGAAGGAGAGAAGAACGGGAGCGGGAAUUACGCAUUCGACGCGAUGCAGACGAUUUGGAGGAAUCAAUUCGAGGGGAAAUGUAGAACGAACGUCGAAGUGAAAGUAAGGAGAGAGGGGUGGGAAGGCGGGAACGGGAAGAACAGAACGGGCGCGGUGGAGAGUGCUCUGAGAGGAGGAUUCGACGUGGAGUACGGGAAUCUGUACUCGACGGAGUGUGAGGGGUGCAAGGAGAGCGGGGGAAAGUGCGGAGGAAACGGGACGUACCCAUUUUACUGCAUUUGCGAAAGCCAAGAUGCGCAGCCAUCCGCCUGUAGAGCUGCGGCUGCUCCUGGAGUAUCAUACAGAUUCCCGAAGAAAAUAUCAAUCAUAGUUGCAAUUGUUUUAGGUGGCAUCAUUUCCAUAAUCUCCCUCGUCGUCAUCAUCAUCUAUCACACAAGAAACAGCAUCCCUAAAGACAAAAUCGACGAAAUUAUAAGCAGAUAUUCCACACACACUCCCAAGCGAUACAGUUACUCAAAGCUGAAGAAAAUCACAGACUCCUUCAACAACAAGCUCGGCCAAGGAGGAUUUAGCACCGUCUACAGAGGAAAACUACCGGACGGCCGCGAUGUGGCCGUGAAACUUCUGAAUGAAUCAAGAGAUCAAAAUGGUCAAGAUUUUAUGAACGAAGUUGUUAGCAUCACCAGAACUUCGCACGUAAACAUAGUCUCUAUCUUGGGUUUUUGCUACGAACGGAACAAAAGAGCUUUGAUUUAUGAGUAUAUGCCCAAAGGGUCAUUGGACAAGUACAUAUUUCACAAAGAUCCGCAAAGAAGUAAUGUGGAAAAGUUGGAUUGGAACACGGUUUAUAGCAUUGCUGUUGGGGUGGCUAGAGGAUUAGAGUACUUGCAUCAAGGCUGCAACACAAGGAUCUUGCAUUUCGACAUAAAACCACACAACAUUCUGUUGGACAAUGAGUUCUGCCCCAAGAUCUCAGACUUUGGGCUUGCCAAGCAAUGCAGGGCCAGAGAGAGUCACGUGUCGAUGACCGGCGUGAAGGGGACGGCGGGAUUCAUGGCGCCGGAAGUAAUAUUUAGGAACCUCGGAAAAGUUUCCCCCAAGUCUGAUGUUUAUAGCUAUGGAAUGUUGGUUCUUGAGAUGGUGGGAGAAAGAAAGAAUCCGAAUGAAGGAGCAGGGGAGAGCAGUGAAGAGUACUUCCCCGAUUGGAUAUAUAAGGAUCUUACACAGAGUGAAAUGGAGGGAGGAGGGUGCUGGUGGGGGAGAACAGAGGAAGAAGAAGAAAUGGCAAGAAAAAUGAUAAUUGUGGGGCUGAGUUGCAUUCAAACAUUUCCAGAGGAGAGGCCGUCGAUGUGCGAUGUGGUGGGGAUGUUGGAAGGGAAUGCUGAUGCCUUACAGAUUCCGCCAAAACCCAAUUUGUUUGGAUCAGCUUCUUCUUCCUCUGCGUCCACCAGCUCAUAUUUACAACACUCAGUUUAACAAUUAGCUUCAUUUCUUUCUUUCUUUUUUGAAGUCCAAUUGAACCCCAUGAGAAGGCGCCACAGAGUUCUUCAUUUCAAAAUCUCCAACAUGUAAACAUUCUUUCAACUAUUAUAAUUGAAAACCCACCUUUCUCUCUGUGUUUCA